UUCGGAGCAAAUCACAUAAGGGGUUGCAUAAUCUCCGCUUGCUACCAGAGAAUCUGCUUUACAAAAUUUGAGUUACGAAAAAAUGUUUCGCCUGCACAAAUACUUUGAAAAACAAGCAUUUUUCGCCAUUAUAACGGUACAAUUGCUGACUUUGGGAGAUUCAAGAGUGAUCAGCGAGUGUAGCUCCGAAGUAGGGGGAUUUCAGGAAAAUACUGACGCAGCAUGCAGAACACAAUAUCCUUGGACUUACUGUAACGGAGCAGACUCGACCUAUUGUACGAGUGAACUGUGCUUAGAAGAUAACGAAUGUAUCAGUGCUGAUGUACCAUUGGCGCCUGUUCAGCAGAUAACUCCACCAACAGAUGCACCGGUUCCUAUUCCAGUAGUAACACCACCAACAAUGGCACCGGUACCUGUUCCAGCUAUAACUCCACCAACAGAUGAACCGGUUCCUAUUCCAACGGUAAUCCCAACAAUAACUCCACCGACGGCUGUUCAAACAACGACCGAGACUACGGCUAUUAUUAGAGAAAAAUGCAAACUUAACGAAAAUUUUGCUGUACCCUACAUUGGCAAUUGCCGUUAUUUUUACCAUUGCGCUAAUGGCUACUUUGGAAUUGGAGAUUGUGGUUUUUAUAUGUUCUUCGAUGCCAACGAAAGGAAAUGUAAGAUUAAAACACCAACGAGCUGUCGGUAGAAGAGUAAUUCUAAGAAGACAAUAACAGCAAUAAGACUGCGGUCUAAUUAUAAUAAAAGUUGUAUGAAAAAUAUUCCGAUGAACUUAAAACUAAUUUUCAACGAGUUUAAAAAAUAAAUAAAGCAUCCUUAACAUGGUUAAAAA